AUGGCAGCAGGAGCAAUAGAACCCACGUUUGCUGCCAGGCGGUACCAUGAAGAUACAACAAGGGGAUCUGCCUUUGUUUACACAAACAGCAACCAUACCAGAGAUCCCUUUGAGGGUCCCAAUUACCACAUUGCUCCUCGUUGGGUUUACAACAUUUCAACAUGUUGGAUGCUGUUUGUGGUUGCCGCAUCAGUCUUCACCAAUGGUCUCGUCUUGGUGGCCACGGCAAAGUUCAAGAAACUCCGUCACCCACUGAACUGGAUCUUGGUCAAUCUUGCAAUUGCUGAUCUAGGAGAGACAGUUUUUGCUAGCACCAUCAGUGUAUGCAACCAGUUUUUUGGUUACUUCAUUCUUGGACACCCAAUGUGCAUCUUUGAGGGCUACACGGUUUCAGUUUGUGGUAUCGCUGCUCUCUGGUCCCUGACUAUCAUCUCCUGGGAGAGAUGGAUAGUUGUGUGCAAACCUUUUGGAAACGUCAAGUUUGAUGCCAAAUGGGCCACAGCUGGAAUUGUGUUCUCCUGGGUCUGGUCAGCAGCGUGGUGUGCUCCCCCAAUCUUUGGCUGGAGCAGGUACUGGCCCCAUGGACUGAAGACUUCCUGUGGACCUGAUGUAUUCAGUGGAAGUGAAGACCCUGGAGUCAAGUCCUACAUGAUCGUUCUUAUGAUUACAUGUUGUAUAAUUCCCCUGGCUAUUAUCAUCUUGUGCUACCUUGCCGUCUGGUGGGCUAUCCAUUCUGUUGCCCUGCAGCAGAAGGAGUCAGAGUCAACCCAGAAAGCUGAGAAAGAAGUAUCCAGAAUGGUUGUUGUCAUGAUCCUGGCAUAUUGUUUCUGCUGGGGACCUUAUACCUUUUUUGCCUGCUUUGCUGCGGCCAACCCCGGAUAUGCCUUCCAUCCUCUGGCUGCUGCUAUGCCUGCAUACUUUGCAAAGAGCGCCACCAUCUACAACCCAAUCAUCUAUGUCUUCAUGAACCGACAGUUCCGCACAUGCAUCAUGCAGCUCUUUGGCAAACAAGUGGAUGAUGGCUCUGAAGUAUCCACAUCAAAGACAGAGGUCUCCUCCGUGGCUCCUGCAUAAACCUCC